AUGCCGAGCCCUGGCGAACAACAGCCCACUGACCGAUCCACGACACAGGCAACCUGCAGGACCUUCCGGCUCCUCGCCCAGGAGAUCCUGUCUCAUCCGCCACGCCCGCUCCGAACCUCCCGGCUGCUCGAGGGCCAGGACCCAUCAACAGCCACCUCACUUAACCCCGUGCUGGCGCAGGCCUUCGCGCCCCUCUUCAGCUCCGCGGUUUGCUUCACAUCGGCGGAGCGCAAGAGCAGGCGGUGGUUCCUCUCGCUCAUCGGCGACGUGGCCCUUCCCUUCCGGCGGCUCCCCUGGGCGGCAUGCGGUGGCGACGACGGCAACACAGCCCUGAGGGACGCAUACCUCCGCCCAGCCGCGAGCUGGCGCGGGCUCAGCGUCACCUUCGCCCGCGGGCCGCCCGUCACGCGCCUCGAGGUCGUCAAGAGCUACUCAUCAGAGGAUUUCAACGAGGACGGCCGCGACCACAUGCAGCACCUGCUGGUAGACCUUUCUGCUUCAGGAGGCUUCCUGACCAUGGGCCUGCUGUACGACCUCCUCCUCUGCGGCGGCGCCGUCGGGGAUGAUUCCGCGGCCACGUUCGGGGCCGAGACUGGUGCCUGGGAUCUGCUGCUUGGCAGGCGGCUGCGCAGCUACGACCUGCUUGUCGAGUACGAGUGCUUCAUCCCCGGCGACGAGGAGCUCGUGGACUCGGGCCCUGGGGCUGAGGGGUCGGCUAUCUUGUACGUCCGGGGUGGGACCGUCGAGGUGGACGAUCAGGACCGGCGGUUUGAGGAGCCCGAGGAGGAUGAUGUUGCGUGGGUGCCUGAGAUACUGGGGGACAUGCCGAUGAUUCGACUGGCGAAUGUCUCAUGA